CAUUGAUGUUCGUCCGUCUUUGUCUCUUCACGAGGACAGGUAACAGGGCCACGGACCCAUGUCGCUGCUCCCCGCUACGGAUUCGUCGCCCGCCUGGUUCGAUGGCGGCGCCGGCAACGGCACGGCCGCCAGCCCCGAGGGAGAGGACACCUACGGCAACGCCAUCAACGCCGCCGUCACGUUGGUCCUCGUGGUCACCAUGGUGUCGCUGGGCUGCACCAUGGAGCUCGAGCACAUCGGCGCACACCUCAGGAAGCCCCGGGGCAUUUUCAUCGCCGUGCUGGCGCAGUUCGGCAUCAUGCCGCUCACCGCCUUCGCCUUGGCCAAGGUCUUCCGCCUGAAUCCCGUGGAGGCCGUCACCGUCCUCAUCUGCGGCUGCUGUCCCGGAGGGAACCUCUCCAACGUGUUCGCGCUGGCGCUCGACGGAGACAUGAACCUCAGCAUCCUCAUGACCACGUGCUCCAACGUGCUGGCGCUGGGCAUGAUGCCGCUGCUGCUGUGGGCGUACAGUCACGGCCUGUCGGACACGCGCUUUGUCAUUCCGUACGGGAAGAUCUCCAUCACCCUCGCUCUCAUCCUCUUGCCCUGCGCCGCGGGAAUCUUCAUCAACGCCAAGUUCCCCAAGUACUCGCGCAUGAUGCUGCGGGCUGGGAUGGCGCUCCUGCUGGUCACCGGGAUUGUCUUCAUCGUCCUGAUGGCGCUGUACAUGGGCUCUAUCAUCUGGCUCGUGUUCUCUCCCACGCUCAUCUCCAUCGGGGUGCUCAUGCCCCUGCUCGGAUUCACGUUGGGCUUCUUCCUCGCGGGGCUCUUCCACCUCUCCUACAAGUGCGCGUCUCAGUACUGGGAUACCAGUGGAGUGAACCAACGCCGUGUGCUUCAGUGGGUCUCUCCUCAGGGCUCCCAAUGUGCCAGUACCACAAGUAGCAAACAACAACAACAACAACGCUUACGCCCAUCCCCUCUCUCCCCGGCUCUCACGGACAGAUGCAGACGUGCCAUCUCCAUGGAAACAGGAUUCCAGAACCUGCAGCUGUGCUCCGCCAUCCUGAGGCUGACCUUUGACCCACAAGUGAUCGGCCCGCUUUACCUCUUCCCGCUGCUCUACAUCAUCUUCCAGAUUGCGAUGGCGCUGCUGCUCGUGCUCAUGUUCCGGCUGUACGUCCACUGCUACCGGCAAAAAGAACAGCGCCACGCCGAGAGAACCGUCGAGAUUUACAGAAUCAAGCUUGAAGGUGAAGUCACGGAGUUGGAUGGCGGUAUGUCAAGGCACAAGAGUGAAGAUGACAGAAAUGAAUCUUUUUCCGGAACAGCCUUUUGACUUUGUUUAAGCUAGGCCACAACUUACGCUGCCCUGCACUUUUUUUUGUGAUAUGGGAGGACAUUGCGUAUGGAGCGGAAUGAUUUCGGAGCUCGUGGUUUUUUAAGUGACGCCAGGAAUUACCGUGGAUUUAGCAAACACAUUUUUUCGCGGAGGGCCUGUGAUGCAGAGGUCAGAGCACAUGCCUGGUGCCUAUAACAUCCUGGCUUUGAAUCCAGACAGCUGCCAAUGAUCAAACUGGGCUCUCAAGCGUCAAUACCGUCGUUGAUUGUCUCAGCCAGGUGACCAAAGGCUGCAAUUUAAUUUGGCGAAUUUCCACCUGUUCAGAGACAUUCUCAGUGGCGGCAGAGGUGGUUUGGGAAGUGCGACCCCUUCCCGUGUGCACCGUAUCUCACUGGCUCUGCUCCGUCACCUUGUGGACCGUGGUUCGCUUGAAGGGAUUUCGGAGGUAGCUAGCUUUGUGCCGUACGUUUUGGUGGGCCGAUGUCUAAUACAAAGAGCUGCACUGAUCUGCUUAGAUAUUCGAAUGAAUGCUUCAUAUCAGAACUUACCUCAAGCUGGAUACAAUUGGAAAAAAAAAUACCAAAGUAAUUAAAAAAAAACUAACUGAAUUGUGUCUAUUUGCUUUAGUUAUGUUGUCUUGACGACACCGUGUGUCGAUGACUUGAUCUUGUAACUUCGUGGCUUUGUCAUCUUCGUUCAAAGAGAGCCUCGAUUUUUUAUAAUCUACUAGGCGUGUGUGUGUGGCCAGAUUU